AUGCCCGCCCUCAAAGCCGGUGACUCGUUCCCUAGCGACGUCGUCUUCCAAUACAUUCCAUGGACCGAGGAGAGCGGUGAAAUCACCUCCUGCGGCAUCCCCAUCCCCUACAAUGCCUCCAAGGAGUGGGCCAACAAGAAGGUGGUCCUAUUCGCAGUUCCCGGUGCCUUCACCCCGACCUGCUCCGUCAGCCACGUUCCCGGCUAUAUCAAGAAUCUGCCCAACCUCCGUGAGAAGGGUGUGGAUGUUGUCGCUGUAGUUGCGUUCAAUGAUCCCUUUGUCAUGAGUGCCUGGGGUAAGGCCAACCAGGUCCGUGGUGAUGAUAUCCUUUUCCUCACUGAUCCCGAUGCCAAGUUCUCUAAGAGCAUUGGCUGGGCUGAUGAGGCGUCUGGCCGUACUAGUCGUUAUGCCAUUGUUAUCGACCAUGGCAAGGUAACUUAUGCUGGGCUUGAGACUGAGCGCGGUUCUCUUAAGAAAUCUGGCGCCGAUGCGGUCCUUGCUUCCCUGUAG